UUUCUCUAGGUUUAUCUAGGCGUGCCACGAAAAGCGCUGUUCUAACUUACUGUUCUAUCCCGGGGAAUGAAGAAACGGACUUAUUGUUGAGGAAAAUAGUAUUUUCUUGAGAACUCCCGCCAGCAGUGACGCUAAUUGUAUGUUGACUGCGCACAUGACAGUGUAACGUCUCCACUUGCGAUCUGUGAGUCCUGACCCCCCCUGUUCACCCGAGAGCUUCCUGCAGCCAGAGUCAGCAGGAUGGAGGAGGAGAUCAGGAACUUCCUGGGGAGGUUUGUGGACGAGUUCCCAGCUCCUCUGGAGGAAGGCAGUCCAUUGCCUGUCAGUCCUCUCAGCCGCAAAGUGUCUCUGGAGGAGCUGCAUGGAGAGAGCCUGGAGCUGGGCCUCAGGUUGCUGGCUGCCAGGGGUGCUCCUGCAGUCCUCAGUGCCCACAUGUGCCAGGCAGCAAUGUCACAGCUGCUGCAGAAUGACCUUUCACCUUGCCACUGCCCCCAGGAAGCUGAGGCCAACCAGGAAGAGUUACAGAAAGUAACCUUACUUGAGUCAGAGGCAGUCCAACGCAUCUUCCUCAACAAGCUGAUAGACGUAGCACUAGCAUGGCAUCAGAACAGCCCCAACCCCUUACCCUCCUUGUCACGGGUUCACCUCUGCUCUGUUCAUGCCAUCAAGAACACAAGGAGGAAGAUGGAGGACAGACACUUGGCCUUAGCUGAGUUCAACCAGCUAUUUGCAAUUCAGGACGGAGUGGAGCGUGCCUACUAUGCUGUGUUUGAUGGCCAUGGAGGGGUGGAUGCUGCCACCUACGCUGCCACUCACCUCCAUGUCACUCUGAGUAAACAGGAAACACUGCAGAGUGAUACUGCCACAGCCUUUAAAACUGCCUUCAAACACAUAGAUGACAUGUUCAGAAACAAAGCCAAGAGAGAGCAUCUGCGGAGUGGAUCCACAGGUGUGGCGGUGCUAAUCCAGGGUCAUGUGCUAACUGUAGCCUGGCUGGGAGACUCUCAAGCAAUACUGGUCAGAAAGGAAGAAGUUCUAACACUCAUGGACCCCCAUAAACCAGAGAGAGAGGAUGAGAAGCAGAGAAUUGAGGAUCUUGGUGGUUGCAUCACCUUCAUGGGUUGUUGGCGUGUUAAUGGCACUUAUGCUGUAUCCAGAGCUAUAGGUGACUUUGACCAGAAGCCCUAUGUGUCUGGAGAUGCCGACUGCUCAACAACCCAGCUGUUUGGGGAUGAGGACUACGUGCUUCUGGCAUGUGACGGCUUCUUUGAUGCAGUCAAACCUUCAGAGGUCCCGCAUCUUGUCUUGGAUGCACUUCAGCAGCCUGGUGACCUUGAAGGAGGAACUUUGCUGAAACAGUCUGUGGAGGCUGUUGGACUGAGAGUCGCUCAACAGUUGGUGAGUCACGCUAAGGCAGCCGGUUCCAGUGAUAACAUCACAGUGAUGGUGGUGUUCCUGCGUCCACCAGAGGAACUGCUCUCUCAAGACUCCACCUCAGGAACUGCACAAGCUACUCAGGACUCCACUUUCCAAAGUGUACCACAGCAGUGCUGACUGACAUCUUGCAGACUGACAGAGUUCAUCUGAUACUAACAAAACACAAGAACACAGUGAGGCCAUGUAGUGUCACUGUUUUGCAGUAAAAGAGCUGUAUUUAGACCGGAUGAUUUGAAAAGG